AUGGAGGAAACGAAGUAUGUGAAUGUCGCGCAGGAGGAGAGGGAGGGCACCGAGGGCUUGGGAGGAACAACGACAGAUGAGGCCAUCACAACAGACGAGGAUGGCCAGUCGACUGAGGACUCACCGCUGAUGACGGAUUCAACACCGUCGACGCCAGCACUUGAAGCGUUCGCAACGCCACCAGAGUCCAGGAUGCCUUCAAGACCGGCGACGGCUUGCUCCAAUACGAAGGAACAACCUGGUGAGGCUCGACGUAUAGCACGCCGGCAAUCACGGGCAGAGUCCAACAAGAGCGGCAGAAGCGGCUCGACUCCGCGCCAGGAAAGAACAGGAAGCAACGAAAAGCAGGAGAGAGUGUCGCAGUCAGACGAAGAUGUCUUUCCUGAAGGUGGAACCCGCGCGUGGCUCGUAGCCGCCGGCACAGCCGCCAUUCUGUUCUGUUCUUUGGGAUAUACCAACUCUUUCGGCGUCUUCCAAGCGUAUUACAUGCGGAAUCAAUUGUCGGAUCACACGCCUGACGACAUUUCAUGGAUUGGAUCCCUCCAGGCUUUUCUGGUUUUUGCUUCUGGCGCAAUCGGCGGACCCGUUUUUGACCGUUAUGGUGCCUGGGUUAUUCGCCCAGCAGCAGGCUUAUACAUCUUUUCCAUCAUGAUGACCAGCCUGUGCCACGAGUACUGGCAGUUCAUGCUGGCUCAGGGCGUGUUGAGCGGUAUCGCGAACGGACUGAUCAUGUUCCCUGCCAUGGCCGCCACGCCGCAGUAUUUUUGCAAGAGAAGAGGCGCAGCCAUGGGUCUCGCAAUCGCAGGCUCCUCGGUCGGUGCGGUGAUAUUCCCCAUUGUUCUCUCGGAGUUGCUGGACCGCCUGGGCUUCGGCUGGGCGGUUCGAAUCUGCGCCUUCAUCAUGAUCCCGCUGCUCAUCUUUGCGGCCUUCGCUGUGAAAGCGCGUCUCCCUCCUCGAAAGACUCGAUUCUUCCUGUGGACCGCCUUCAGAGACCCUCUUUACGUGUUCCUCAUCCUCGGGGUUAUGUUCAUGUUCAUCGGCAUGUUUAUCCCAAUGUUCUACCUUCCGACCUUCGGUAUCGCGCACGGAAUGGACCAAAAUCUCGCAGGGUAUCUCGUCGCGAUCAUCAACGGAGCUUCGGUUCCCGGUCGAAUCAUUCCCGGAAUCUUGGGCGAUAAGCUAGGACGCGUCAACAUUCUCUUCUUCGCCGGCCUACUCACCGGCAUCAUGAUCUUCUGCUGGACCAAGGCGACGACCAACGCGGGCAUUAUUGUGUUUGCGGCAUGUUAUGGCCUCACGUCAGGGGCCAUCAUCUCUGGAGGGUCUGUGGUCUUCACCUUAUGUCCGAAAUCGCCGAAAGAGAUUGGAACGUACAUGGGGAUGGGCAUUUCGAUUGCCUCGGUGGCUGUGCUAAUCGGUCCGCCGGUCAGUGGUGCCCUUCUGAACGAGUACCACGGCUUCACGCAGAUUUCCGUCUUCGGCGGUGCGGUCUGUAUGGCGGGCGUUGUCUUUACGAUGAUUGCCAAAUAUUUCUCAAGGGAGGGACUUCUAGGCUUGGUGUAG